UCUCUCUCUCUGACUAACUGACUGACCUUCCCCUCUUAGCCUCCUGCGAGCAAGCAUAAACUGCAGCGAGAAACAGAAGUGACAUUCAACGCAACGCAACUCCCAAGAAGGCAGAGACUUUACUGGAGUUCACUGCAGAUCAGAGAGAGAAGGAACCUCGGACGGAGACGUGAGAGGAGGUGAAGCGGGGGUUUGUGUGCAUGUGUGCGUGUGUACAUGAUAACGAAACCGGGACCGACUCUGCAGUUCUCAAACAUGCAGCCUGAGGACCUCCCUGGAUCCCGUCCCAAAAUAUUUCACGUUUCCCGACAUCGGAGUUUUCACCUCCCGGAACAGGAAGCCAUCGUGAUGAAGGAGACCUCUAUCCCUCCUCCUCCUUCUGUUCCUGCUCCGCUCAUCCCAUCCCUCUGUCCCCUCUCCUGCCAGGACUCCUCCCACCUGGAAUUCCCGUCCCUGGACGACUUCAUCCCGCCCGGCCUGCAGAAAGGCGGAUUCCGUGUGCCCCCGGCCGCCCCUCGGAACGCUGUAUCCCUGGGGCAAUUUCCACCGCCUCCACCCGCGUCCGGCUGUCCUCCAGUUGUUCAAGGAGCACGAAGGGCCAGUGAGAGUUACCUCGGCCUCCCUCGCUCACCCGGGCUGGACGCCGGCGCCGGGUUGAAUGGACGCUCCCUGCCCCCGCCUCGCCCGGCACUGUGGGCGGAGAACCGCAAAGACUCGCGGGAGAAGAAGUGGAUCAAGUACGAGGGAAUCGGGCCGGUCGAUGAGGUCGGGAUGCCCAUUGCCUCCAGACCAAGUGUAAACAGACCCAAGGACUGGUACAAGAGCAUGUUCCGACAAAUCCACAGGAGGCGUUCAGACGAUGAGUUCGAGAGCGGAGGAGGGUGGAACGUGCCCGACACGGUCGAUUCCUCCAACAAUGUGACACAACAGUUCAGAAACGGACUUCCAGACAAGCGGGGAUUAGACACCAUCUUAUUGCCGAAGGCUGACUUGCCAAAACACGCCUCCCCCUCCCACGGGAACGAUCGCCGGAGCGAGUUGGGAGCUGACACCCACACGAUCCACACUCAGCCCAGGAGGAGCUUCCAGUACGGUCCCAGGCGCUCGUCCGUGCCCGAGACGAAGACGGAGAGAGGGCGGGAGACGGAGAGGCAGUGGAAGCCUGGAACACCAGCUGUGAACUCUAACAGAACCCACUCUGCUUCCUUCGAGACAACCCUGGAACAAGAGCUGAGGCAUCUGGAGGCUCAGUUAGAGACAGACCUGAGGGAAAUGGAGCAGUGGCAAUCUCAGAGAGCACAGCAGGAAUCGCGAGAGUCAAAACCCCUCAACGCACCCUCCACAUCCGCCAGUCGGAUGGCUUCAUCUCCAAGUUGGGAUCGUUCCGCUGGUGCCCAUCAUCCCAAUGGCCAACGCACUGAGCCAUGGGAAUCCCUCGGAGGCACAAGAGGCCGGGAUAAAUCUCCGUCCCCCAGAGAUCCGCUAAAUCCCAGGAAUGGCUUCCACGGCGAGAGGUUCGGGAGCCAGGAAAUCGGGUCCGACUGGCCUUCCAAGCGGGAAGAGAAGAAGAUGAAGGCAGCCAGAGCCAAGUUCGAUUUCCAGGCCCAGUCUCCCAAGGAGCUCGCUCUACAGAAAGGAGAUGUGGUUUACAUCCACAGAGUGGUCGACCAGAAUUGGUUGGAAGGUGAACAUCAUGGGAGACACGGCAUCUUUCCAGUAGCCUAUGUAGAGAUCAUCCCAGACACGGAGAGACCGACCCCCAUAAAGCCCCCUCCCAUCCAAGUGCUGGAGUACGGAGAAGCAGUAGCAACCUUCAACUUCAAAGCCGACUUACCUGUCGAACUCUCCUUCCGCAAGGGAGAGACCAUCUGCCUGAUCCGGAGGGUCGACGACAACUGGUUCGAAGGAAGGAUCUCGGGAACGAACCGUCAAGGGAUCUUCCCGACCAACUACGUGCAGGUGGUGAAGGGCCCCAGGAUGAAGAACUCUGCGGACAGCUCGGUGCCCCCCGCCUCGCCCACUCCCGUGCCCCCCGCCUCGCCCCCGGAACCCCAGAGCCCCCUCACCUCCCCAACCUCCCCCAAAAAGGAAUGCUCGGACUCGUUGGCCCGAUUGCUCUCCAACCAGAACUUGCUGCACUCAUCCAAUCAGCACUCGGUGUCGUCCGCACCAUCGUCCAAUCAGCACUUGAUGUCGGCGCCCUCGACCAAUCAGCGCUCAGUGGCUGCGGCGUCGUCCAGUCAGUACGUGGUGCGAGUGGCAUCGUCCAAUCAGCAUUCGUUUCCGUUGUCCAAUCAUCACUCGGCGCCCAUGCCUUCGUCCAAUCAGCACCCGGCCCCGGCCUCCUCGUCCAAUCAGCACUCGAUGCCGGCCGCCUACACCAAUCAGCGGCUGCCGAGCCCCUCGGCCAAUCACCUCCUGGCACCGAGAGGGGCAGCGAAUCAACAUGGCCGGAGCCCGAGCCCCACCCCCACGGGUUGGGCCUCGGCCAAUCACAUCGCCUCAGGCCAGCGGACGGAGCCUAGCCCCGCCCCUCCAGCACAGAGCUGGGUGCCCGCUGACGCCAGCCCACAACCCCAUAUCGUAUUCAAUAAGUCCGAGCGAACCCAAGUCACGUCAGCGGGAGGUCCGAACUCUCCGGCCUUGCAGUGGACUCUUUACCGAGUGCUGUACAACUAUCAACCGUUGAAUGGUGAUGAGCUGGAGCUGAGAGAGGGAGACUUGGUGGAUGUGAUGGAGAGGUGUGACGAUGGCUGGUUUGUCGGCACCUCCAGACGAACACACUUGUUUGGCACUUUCCCUGGGAACUAUGUUCAACCCGUGUAACAUAGGCGCACGGAAGAUGCUUCACCGACCAGCAGAACAUCUCAAGAACAUUCUCUGCAAAUGGGUCCUCACUCCAUUUCCCCCCUCUCCCCCCACCACCUCUGAGAUAUCUCUGCUCACCCCUGCCUCUCUCUCUCUCUCUCUCUCUCUCUGUUGCAAUUGACCGUAGCUCGGAACGGAACAGAACAAGUCUCAGCAGAAAUGGUCCAAAUCUGUUUUGUCUAACGAUUUGCGUUAAGAUUUCAGCGACUGAAGCCGGUGGGAGGGGGAGGUGACCGU